AUGGAUCUGUACAACUUUCAGAACAUCAAAGCCGAGAAGGCGAGAGCGAUUCUGAGGUACCGGAUGAUGCAGAAGGUCACAAUUGUGUUCCGUUUCGUGGAAUUCUGCAUCUUCCUGAUCGUAUUCUCGAGAUUUUCCGUCCACUUGCCGCCGGCUUUCAAGCUCUCCGGAGACUACUUCAGGGGACUCUCUGUAGCCCUAAUCAGUCCCUGGUUCGUGUUCAUAGUCGGAAACGCCAUAGUCAUCAUUUUGUUCCUCAAAUCGGGGCGAUCUUCCGGGAACAACGGUCCGACGGACGACGGAAAGGCCGAUUUGUACGACGAGUACGUGAAGAAAUGUGCAAAGGAUCAAAGUUUCCAGGAGGAUAAUGGAAGGAUCGAGAAACAGAGGAAACAGACGAGCGUUUGUGUUUCAGGGGAAGAAGUUAAUCCACACACAUAUCAGUCGAAGAAAAGGAAAAUUAAUAGGAGCCAAUCGGAGAGCUGGAGCGUGCAGCGCCGGGAAGAGCCUAGCAAGGAUUUGAAGCGGUCGGUGACGGUGCCUUGCCGGAAAAGUGGGGAGAAAGCGGCGGAGACCGACGAAAUGAGCAGCGAAGAGUUUAGGCGGACGGUGGAGGCUUUCAUUGCUCGACAACAGAGGGCUUUAAGGGAAGAAGAAUUUUCAGUUUUUGUUCCAUGUGAAAAUAGUUAUCAUACUUUGAAUCUUUAG